ACAAGUGACUCGUUGCGUGCCAUGAGAUUCAAGCGUAAUAACCGCUAUUACGAAUACAAAUCAUACCCUGCAUUAUUUGCUGAGGGGUAUAUUUUACAUAUCAGUGUUUAUGAGUUCGCUACUGAAAUACGGUACAUAUUACUUUCAAGCCGACACAGUGAGUUGUACAGAUUUCAAUUGCAUUCAAUUUCAAUAGACAUAGCGUAUGAGGAAUUUUUUAAUUGUGAGAUUAAACAUCUGAUGGAAGAAGUGAAACGCGAUUGGAGAACAGAAAAUGAUGAAAUGCUUGAAAUUCUGAGAAAUUUCGCCAAUUCGGGAAGACAUUACUGCUUCUAUUUCGCGUUGAUUUUUUUUACACCAGCCUUCAUACUCAUAGGAUGCGAGACGUGCAAUUAUAUUUUGGAUGCAGUCGCACCGUUAAAUUAUACUCGUCCAUACGUUGUACCGGCAGUAUACUUCGUUGACGAAAGGAAGUAUCGUUUUUUGAUCCUAAUAUAUCAGUCUUUUACAUUCUUGGUAUGUGCAGCUGUGUUUGUUGGGACAGAGUCAUUGGUUAUUAUGUGGCUGCAUCAUUUUAAUGCUUUAUAUGUACUCGUCAGCAAUUACAUUUACCAAGGUGUCAUGGAACAUAUCGGUCACACUUCAAACGAACAUUUAGGUAACAGUAAGAGACUCUUAAUAAGAGCUGUAGUUAUCCACAGAAGAGUAAUGAAGUAUAUGGACAUUUGGGAAAAUAUUACGUCAUUAUCGUACGUCUUUCUUCUUCUAUUUGCUACCAUUAGCCAAAGCAUUAACAUAUUUAUUCUGUCUCAAAUUAUUUUUAAAUUAGAGGCAUAUAAAGAUACAGUGUCGUGUUUGGCAUUUGCAUUUUGCGAACUGAUAUAUAUUUUUUACAUGAUGUACAUAGUGCAACAACAUUUAAAUAUUUCUGAUAACGUUAUUUUGCAGUUAUACAAUACCAAUUGGUACGAGGCUUCUUUGUCUACGCAAAAAUUCUUGUUGUUCAUUAUGAUGAAAACAUCCGAAGAGCGUCGCUUCAAAUUAUUCAUCUUCGUUAAACCAAACCUCGAAGGUUUCGUGCAGAUAUUAAAAGCGUGCAUCUCCUAUUUCAUGGUACUGGCUUCUGUAGAAGGACGAUAGAAAUAGUAUUGAUGUAAUAUUAUAGAAACAUGUAAUAGAAAAUUAAUUACUUAAGUACUUAACAGUAUUUAACAUAGAAUGCACAGAAACAAACCAGACUUCACAGUGUAGUGCCUUCGUAAUACUGGAUGGAACGAAUAUUGAAUUAAUUCAGCGAUUGUAAAAAUGUAAUCUUUGACUUGUAUUUACUUUGAUGUUAAACCGAGCUUUAAUGUUACAGGAAUGAUAUAAUGAAGUUAUACCUAACUAGAGAAAAGUUUGAAUAUCCAAAGAUUGUAUUGAAAGCGGAAAAUAUAAGCUGUAAACUAAAAGCAGCUGUUAGUAACACUCGAAGUUAAUAAAAUUUGC